AUGGGGCAGGCAACAGUUGAAGCCUCAAUAUGGGAACAUUUGCAAAUAGGGCCAGGUCCUAAACAAUCUAGGAAAAUUUGCUUGUCGCAGUCUGGACAAUUUCCAGCACAUUUGUGCUCACUUAACACUCUUAAGCUGCUUUAUUUCUGCGAGAACUACAUAUUCGGAGAAGUCUCUAGGGAGAUAGGAAAUUGGACUUCACUCGAAGAGCUUGUCAUCUAUAGCAAUAAUCUCACAGGCACAAUUCCUGCAUCAAUCCGUACAAUUCCUCUAGAGUUUCAAAACCUAACAAAUCUAGAGGAGUUGCAGCUUUUCAGCAAUUAUCUUGAGGGUCAUAUUCCUUUCCUCAUUGGGUAUAAUAGUAACCUCUCUGUCCUUGACUUAUCUGACAACAAUAUUGUUGUUAACAUACCUUCAUACCUAUGCAAGUAUGAGAAACUGAUGUUUUUGAGCCUUGGAUCAAAUAGGUUGUCUGGAAACAUCCCUUUUAGUCUGAAAACUUGCAAGUCUCUUAAACAGCUAAUGCUAGGUGGUAACCUGCGUAUUCGAAGUCUCCCUGUUGAUUUAUAUCAACUUCAGAAUCUUUCUUCUCUUGAUAUAAAUCAAAAUCGAUUCUCCGGGUCUCUACCCCCUGGUGUAGGCAAGCUCGGGAAUUUGAAGAGGUUGCACUUGUCAGAUAACUAUUUUACUAGGAAAAUUCCUCCUGAGAUAGGAAACCUGACACAGCUUGUUGCAUUCAACAUUUCUUCCAAUUGGCUCUCAGGAGAUAUCCCUCGUGACUUGGGAAAUUGCAUGGGACUUCAGAGGCUUGAUCUUAGUCGGAACCAAUUCACAGGCUCUGUUCCAGAAGAAAUUGGCAAGCUAGUGAACGUAGAAAUCCAGAAGCUUUCAGACAACAGAUUGACCGGAGAAAUUCCAAUUACCUUAAGCAGUCUAAGCAGACUGACAGAGCUUCUUCAGAUUGCUCUCAACAUUAGCCAUAAUCGUCUUUCUGGUACAAUUCCCAAUGAUUUAGGGAAAUUUCAGCUGUUAGAAUCACUCUACUUGAAUGAGAACCAACUUGUUGGUGACGUUCCUGGUUCGUACCAUUGUCAUCCAGUGAUCCCAUUUCCUACUCCUAACAAAAACUGGAUGAAGGAGAGUUCAUCCAGAGCGGAACUAUUGGCCAUUAUUUCUGGUGCUAUUGGGUUACUUUCUCUGUUUUUCAUAGUGGGAAUUUGCUGGGCUAUGAUGCGUCGUCAACCUGCUUUUAUUCCUCAAGAUGCAGUUAUAGGAAGGCGAGCCUAUGGCACAGUGUACAAGGCUUUUAUGGCCGAUGGUGAAGAUGUUGGGUUCUGA